AUGUGGAUUCCAGUGAAGAUUCCCAAAAUGCAAGGAGUUGCAUUUAAGUUUGGUGAGCGGAGAGAUGAUUGGAAAUGCUGCUUUUGCUGUCAUGUACGAACAGCAACCAUAUUUCUUGGGAUAUGGCAUUUGCUCCUUCAUAUGCUGACAUUGUCAGUAGUUGCUGUAGUCAUUCGGCAUCCUGAAAUGGUAACAGAACCAACAGCUCCAGCGUUACCUACACCUUUAAGCAGCGAGUUAGCAAAUCCAGCUAAUUAUUCUCCCAACUCUUAUGGGAAAUUCCUUGCCAGAAACCCAGGAGAAUCACAAAGAUUGAAUGUCAGUAUCGUUGUUAUAUUUUCAACUUUUGUUAUUACUUUAUUGAUGGUUUAUGGAGCUAUUAAAGGAAAGCCUUCUUACCUGAUGCCUUUCUUCUGUCUUCAGCUGUUUGAUUUCUGUGUUACGAGUUUGACUGCUCUUACGUACCUGUGUUAUCUACCUGAUAUGCAUCGAAUCGUAGCUGAGUCUCCCCGUGUGCCAAUGCAAGCCCAGUUAUUGCAACUGUCUCCAGAAUCGUUAGCACUCAUCGUCCUCUUCACUUUUGUAACUGCCAUGCUUCUUAAGGCAUAUUUCAUUGGAGUUGUUUGGAGUUGCUAUAAAUACCUUACCUUACGUCUGAUAUCAGCCCAAAGAACUCUUCAUCUCAUCGAGCCAGAAUCUGCCCAGGAUUUACUUCCAGACUACGACACAGCAGUAAAGUUUCCUCCACCACCACCUCCUUACAACCAAGCUAUGUCACACCCUACCGCAUAA